AUGACAAAUUCACCAUAUCGUUCACAAAUGCUUUCAUGGAUACGUCGUCCGAAAAUUCCUUCAUAUGAAUUAGAAGGUGAUGGUUGUUCAACAAAAGUUAUUGUAAAUUCAAUAGCACGUUUUCGUCUACGAAUACUUUCACCAGUGAAUUCUUCACAGAAAUCAACAGUUGAUUCAUUUUCUCUUUCAAUUAUUGAUCCAUAUGGUCAUAGUAUUGUUGUUCAACGUCGUAUUCUUUCUCCUGAUUUACUUGAAUUAACAUAUCAACCAAUGUCAACAGGUGAACAUCAAUUAUCAAUAUUAUUUAAUAAUAAACUUCAACGUCAACUAACAAUUGAUGUUAAAAAUGAUGAAACAAAUUAUUUAUCAAAAUUAAAACCAUUUGGACCUGGUCUUAAACGUGCAAUUGUUGGUUUACCAACUGAAUUUUAUGUUGAUCUUAAUCAACAAAUAACAACAAAUGCGAUAAAUAAUCAAAAUCAUAUACAAUUUUCUUUACAACCAUCAUAUCAUGCCGAAAUUGAUUAUGAACAACAAAUGGCAACAUUACGUUAUACACCACUUAAAGAAGGUGAUUGUCCUAUACAUAUACUUGAAUAUAAUAAAGAUACAUCACAUUCACCAUAUAUUGCUCAUGUUAAACAAGAAAAUCUUUCACAAGAAAAACCUCGUAUACAUGUUACUGGAUUAACACAACAAAUAAGUAUUCAUCGUCCUGUUGAAUUUCGAGUUUUUGUUGAUAAUCCAUUUGAUGAUCCAACACAUUGUCUUCAUAUUGAAAUAUUAACACCCGAUGAAAAUUCACCAUCUGUAUCGAUUCGUCGUCAACAUGAUUCAUCCUAUAUAUGUUCAUUUAUUCCAGUAUCAUUAGGAAGACAUUUAAUAUCCGUUGAUUAUGCUGGAAUUGUUGCUGAAAAUAAUCCAUUUUAUUGUCAUUCUAUACAAGAAAAAGAUAUACAAUUAACUGGUCCAGCUGUAAAUAAUCAAUGUUUAACAUUGAAUACACCAACACAUUUUUAUUUUAAAUUAAAAGAUUUUCUAAGGAAAAAAUCUCCGGAAACAAAUUUAACAUAUGAAAGUGGAUAUAGUUCAUAUGAUGAUACUUCAUUAAAUUCAUCAUUAGCAGAUGGUAAUGUUGAACUUAAUAAUAAUGAAGAUAAUGAUUAUCGAAUAACAAUAACAGAUAUACAUGGAAAUUUAAAACCAAAUGUUUCAAUUAAUGAAAAUAUAAAUAAUAAUAUACGAGUAGAUUUUACGCCAAAUGAACAAAUUAUGUUUAUUAAUAUUUCUUGUACUUGGUAUUCUCAUACAUUUGAACCACAAUGUACAUCAACACCAAAAAAAGUCGAUGCAACAUCUACUAUUAUUCCAAAUUUAUGUUCUACACCUCGACCUGCUCACAUUCGUUAUUCAUUAUCAAAAUGUACACCAUUACCAAUUGAUUCUUCAACUCCAAAUACGAAAAAAAUUAAAAAAUCAUUUACACCAAAUAUUCAUCGUCUAGUUUAUCCAUCAAACAUUACAACAAGAUACACAAAUGAGAUUUGGAUUUGA